AUGUCGAAGAUGUGUACUUGCUGGAAAGGCCGCGGAAAGUCAACAUGUGUGGAUGUCACACACAAAAAGCGAGGACGACCCCCGUUAAAGGCAGAGGAUUCGUCUCUCAGGUCCUAUACCACUCAUUUGGAUAACCCGACAAUCCCAGCGGAGGCUCACCCAGCCAUGCCCCCGCGGCGGACCACUAUGCAUCGGGCGACAUCUUCACGCGAAUUACGGCCCAUGACGGAUCUACAGGGAUUUGCAGAUACAAGCUCGGCAAGCGUACGGACACCACAUCGGUGGUCUGCUUCGGUCUUUCCUCUGACGCGGCCUAUGGACCCUUCCCCUACUGUCCCAGGGGGUAUGAUUCGACGCCCAUUCUCUUCAUCUGGACCACCAUCUCAUUCAGUACCAACACAUUCACACGUACCUUCACCAUACAUGCCGAUGACAGGUGGGUUCAAUCCAGCCCUAAAAGUCAACACCAUGUCUGGCAUGGAGCGGCGAUUCCCAACGUACGGUAUGCCAGCAUUACCACCACCAACAUCACCUCCCCAACAUCAGCCGCCACCAGUUAGUAUACCAUUUCUACCGUAUAAUGAGACGCCUGGAAAUUCUGUUCGCUCCACAAAUGAUCCACGAGUGUCGCUAUCCCCUCGGGAUCCGUAUAACAUCGAAUCACCAGUCCGGCUCCCUCCAAUCCAUCAAGCUACAGCCGGGCCACCACCUCCCCACCAUGUCCAUCGCCUGAGCGACCCAUACCCAAUGAACUGGACUUUUCCAGGUCGAGAAGAAACCCUUCCGGACCCUCGCGCUGUACCUCUCCACAGGUCUGCGGGCCCAGCCUUCAACUACUCCAUUCCCCACCAACGCUCCUCCUCCAUAACAAGCGCAACCAUGGACCCCAUACCCCGCCACUUGGGGCCAGUGGAAUUGCCAUCCCCGAUCCAGAUAACAUCCAGCAGCUCGCCCUCAAUGACGAGAACUGCGCCACCCACCACCGAGGCCGAAGGUCAUGACAACAGACCUAUCAAACGGCGCAGGAUGGCUUUGGAUGACAUGGUCAACGGCUGA